GGCGGGCCGUUAAAGUUUUCAGGAAGUGUUGUUGAUAAUCUGACAGAACUUUGAUAGAAAAGUUUCUUUACUUUCUUUUUAACUAACCAGCUAGUGUCUUCACUUACACCUCACAAAAUGCAAAACACUGCAUACGGUGCCUCCUUUGCCGGUGGUGCAUUUGACUUGGCGAGUUUUUUUAAACAGCCGCAGACUAUUUUGCGCAUCAUAAGUUGGAUCUUUUCCAUCGUGGUGUUUGCAACGAUCACUGCAGAGGGUUACAUCAACACUCAAACUGAGUCUGAAAGCAAAUGCAUGUACAACCAAAAUGACAGUGCCUGCAGCUAUGCAGUGGGAAUUGGAGUCCUGGCCUUCGUGGCUUGUGUCAUUUUCUUGCUGCUGGAUGCUUACUUCCCACAAAUGAGCAAUGCCAAAGACAGAAGAUACAUUGUCUUUGGAGAUUUGGGGUUUUCAGGUUUAUGGACGUUGCUGUGGUUCAUCUGCUUCUGUGUACUGGCCAGUCAGUGGCAUCAAACAGAAACGACUGCGGUACCAGCUGAUGCUGCUCGGGCUGGCAUUGCUUUCUCAUUCUUCUCAAUCCUUUCAUGGGGGCUCUUGUCUUAUUUUGCAUUUGUGAAGUAUAAACAAGGAGUAACUGAUCUGAACCAGGCCUACACAGAUCCUGCCAAUGACCACACCUCUCCUUAUCCCCCGAGUGGUGGUGUACCAGCAGGAUACCAACAGUCCCCUUUCUCCAGUCAAGGGCCUGGAGCAGGAGAGUACCAGCCACCCACUUACUAAAGACUCAAAUAUGCCUGUACCACUUUUUGGGACUGUUCACGCUCACUCUGCCUUUUAUGUUUUGCUUUAUUGGAUGUCUGAGCAUUUUAUUUCAUUUUGAGAGUUUGGUUUGGCUAGUUGUGCCAUAUUAAUAAGACUUGUACCAGAACAGGUAUUCCCACUUAACUUUACCAAUGCAUUGUCUUCAAGGAAGUAACCAACAGGGUUUGGUUGACUGUUUUAAUAGUUCUGUCACUGAUUGCUGAAUAUGAAGCUUUCAUUAUCAACUAGCACAGUGUGUAAUGUAUCUAUACUAUGGCUGCAAUACCAAAUGUUUUGCUUGGAAAAUUUGUGACUGGUUUCAAAGUUACUGUUUGCUUUUGUUUUUCUAACCACUGAAAAUUGGCUUUGUGCACUGAAAGACAUUCAGCCUCACAGGGCUGUGAUUAUUGCAUUUUUAUGUACAAACUAUAAUUUAAAAUUGUGUAUACUUUUCAGGUAAUUGUGUUUUAUAUUUCAAUCUUGGACGAACAUCAUUUUAUUGCUAAGUUACACAGAAUUUAAAUAGUAUUUCUUUUUGUUGUAAAUUUUUGGUCAUAGGUUGUAACAAAGUUUUCCAACAUUGUUCACUCGGUCUUUUAUGAAAUCAUAAAUGCUUUAUAAUAGUCAUGUGAUUUACAAAACAGUUCAAAUGCCCUUUCUUUGCAGUGCUCUGUGUAACCUGACCUGCCAAAUAAAACCGACCUAAACACGGA